AUGCUUCAAAAUCAAUCACCGUUUGAUGAAUUGAUUUGUGCGAAUAUUUUACUGUACACUCAUCCUUCCGGAUGGUUGGAUAUGAAGCCUUCGCUCAUUUCAAAAACAUUUCAUCGUGUAUUGAUAUCGGAAACCUUUCAUGCACAAUACAUUCGGGAAGUGUUUGGAUUGGUGAAUUUCCCAAACAAGGAACGAGUCUUGCAGCAAGCGAUUCGUUUAUUUGGCAUUGAAGACGACACCAAUCAAAAUGCUAAACCACCAUUGGGAGACAAAAAGAAACCAAAAUUAAAAAAACGAAAAACAACGCCAGUGAAGGAAGAGCCAUUGCAACGACACAUUCAUUCCAUUUCAGACAUUUUCAAAUAUUAUGUUGAGUUGUGUUACGAGCAUGGUGUACCUGCUCUUCGUAAAAAAGUGAAUCAAUUAUUACUGAAAUAUUCGAAACAAACACAAGAAAAUCAUGAUUUGACAAUUUUGGAACAAAUUUCGAACUUGAUUGAGAUGGAAAGAUUUUCUCAUGUUUUAUGUGCCAAGUUUGAAGAGAUGUUUACAAAUGGAAUGAACCUCGACAAUAGAACUGGACCUCAAAUCAGCAUUUCUGCAAGUAUUCUGAAAGACUUAUUUGGUGGACAGUAUGGAUUUAAAGAAGUAUUCGUUAGAAAACUACAAGAUUCUAAAAGCGAAUGGGAGAAUAAUUUUCGAGUAGAAUUCACUCUAUUUCUUGAGUGUGGAUAUCCAUUAGAUAUCAUUUGUGACUUCAAACAUGAACGCCAAACUUACGAUUUUUGCUAUUCAUUUAGAAAGCAAGUUUGCAUUCAAAAUACAAUGAAAACAGUAUUUACUCACAACUACAAUGUUCAAGUGGAAGGAGAACGAGAUGGAGAUGGAUGGUAUAGUGAUCACUUGUUGCGUAACUUGAAAUCUGUACUAUUUUUGAAUUUAGAAUCAGAAGAAAUUCAAAACUUGUUAGUCUCAAAUUUUAAGGAUCCAAACCAAAGGGAACAAUGUUUCAACAGUAUUUUGGGUGAAUUUUUGCAAGCAGCAUUUGUAGAACAUGAAUUACCUUAUAAUUCUGCUGCCGAACUUCAGUGCGUGCGUGGCCUUCCCACCUUGUUGAAUGCUUGA